AAAUGAGCUUCCCAUAAUAAGAUUACUUGGCAAUGCUAAAAGCCAAACUUCCAGGAUACCCUCCAGUAUAGCAAAGUCCUCAAACUCCUAUGAUCUAUCCUAGUCCUCAAUUCAUGUAAGCAAUAACUUCUUAUUUCCACUUAUAUAUACUCCAUAUACUUAUUCCUCUAAACUCUUAUAAUGUUUUAGACCUCCAUUAAUGAACUACCCAUCCUACUAUAUGAUGAUGCAGCAAUUGUAAUAAAUCCCGUAAAUACAACAAUUACCUCAGAUGGCUCCCAUGAGAAUACCAAUGAUACCCUAACCACCCUAGUUGCAAACCAUACCCUAGCCAACCAUGCCAUUUUAAAUGCAGCAACAGAAUCCAGUUUAAUAAAAAGUCGAUCGGGACAUUCCUGUGUCUGUCAAAGGCACAAAAGUGAAACUAAAUCUCAAGAUGAUUAAGGAUCUACCCUUAGAAGAUGACAGCGUCCUGGAUUAUGAUCAAAUUAAAAAGUAAAGUGGAGAUCACAAAUACGUAAAUUUGAAAAGAAAACGCCGACUUCUAGAUCAGUAGGAAGCACCCUUGAUGUAGACCAGAAGGAGAAGUGAAUAAUCAUAAUGUAAUCAUAAAGAUUAUGGUUAUAGAUCUAGAAAUAAGAGAAAUGUUGAAAGUUGAUGACAAAGACAUGACCAUUAUUUUAGAGGCUUAUCCUGAUACCAAAACCUUACUCCAAGAAUUAAGAAAAGGAAACUUGAAGAGGGAAAUUGAAAAGUUGUUACCCAAGUGA